GCAUGAUACAGUGUAACAAUGCAUCGCUUCUAUCCAACACUUUCAGUGACCUGACUAAUCUGGAGGAACUUUCCAUUGAGGAUUGCAUGCUUUCUGCGAUGGCACUGGACGUAUUUGGAGGGAUCCCCCUUUUGAAGAAACUCACAGUCAACAGAUGUUGUACACAUGAGCUAUCUGAUUUGCUAUGCAGGAUAGUUAAUAUGUCACAGUCAAUAACAAGCCUGACAUUUAAGUCAGAGGAUAUAGUCACUUUGAGAGCCCCAAACUGCUGUGACACCAAAGGAGCUGUUCUUGAGCUUCCUCCUUUCUAUCGUCUUCAAGAGGUGAAGUUUUCAUUCCCUAAUGCUCACUUAGAAAAAGGUGCAUUCAAAUGCUUUGAAAACAUCACAGAUCUCUCUGUGUCCAUAGUUGAUGAGCCACAGACACAGCUUCUGCAGUCUGGCAUCAGAAGACUACAGACGUUUGUUUUUAACAACACAUUUAUUUCCUUUGAGUCAGUUUGUGAAACAGUAUUCAAACUCUCAAUCGUAGAAAUUGAUGUAAGUAAUUAUACAUUCUGGAACAACACCACAUCUGCUGUGAGAAACUGCCAGGGGAUAAAGAGGAUUCAUUUAAAUUAUUAUGAACAUGAACGUGAUGCAAUUAACUUAAGUUUGAUCCAUUAUUUGAAGAAUCUUGUUGAUAUGGGUGUUUUCCUUACGCUCUCUAAGGCUGAAGUUGAAAUCAAUAUGCUUUGUGACAUUCAAAAGGGUCCCGUUCUGUGGCUGAAAAAACUGUGGCUGUUUAGCUUUCACAUCACAAACAUUGCCUCAGAGCAGUUUGGUUGCUUGAAGAAUCUGGAACAGCUGAUUUUGUCAGGAAAUCAGAUUACCAGUGUUGCAGACUUUACAUUUAAGGAACUAGCUAAAUUGAGGUUCCUAGACCUACAGAAUAACAAGAUCUCUCAGAUAUCAGAGAACAGUUUCUUUGGCCUGCAUGGCUUGGAGACCCUAAUUCUGGAACUAAACCCACUUGAAACAAUUGAAGCAUUUGCCUUCAUCCACCUCACUUUGUUGAAGCACGUAUGUUUAGGGGACUUUCAACCUUUUGCCUAGUUAGUUGGAGAGUAGCGUGAGUGUGAAUCUGACACACAUACAGUGGGGAAAAAAAGUAUUUAGUCAGCCACC